AUGUCUGAACCGCAGUCACAGGCAGUCGCUGCGCCGUCGGCUACAUCACCGCCGCCGGCUACAUCACCAAAACCGUCGCCUCCCCACGCCGCGUCGCCCGCCGUCGCCAGUGGUCCCGGCGCCUCGGAUGACCAUCUGCAGCCCAUUGAGGUGAACGACGACGACUCGGUGCUUGACGCAGAGGACGACGCACGCUCCGACUAUGCCUCGGACGUCUCCGAAACAGCCAGUGUCACCUCUUCCGUGUUCAGCUUUGAGUAUGAGAAUGGACGCCGCUACCACAGCUACCGCGCCGGCCAGUACCUGCUUCCCAACGACGACAAGGAGCAGGACCGCCUCGACCUCACCCACCACGUCUUCUCCCUCACCCUCCACGGCGAGCUGUGCAUCUCCCAUCUCGACAACCCCCAGCGCAUCCUCGACCUGGGUACGGGCACUGGCAUCUGGGCCAUAGACGCCGGCGACCAGUUCCCCGCCGCCGAGGUCAUCGGCACCGACCUCUCCCCCAUCCAGUCCUCCUGGGUGCCGCCCAACGUCCGCUUCGAGGUCGAUGAUGCCACCCUUCCGUGGACAUGGCCCCGCGACCACUUUGACUUUGUCCACGCCCGCACCCUCGGGGGCGCCAUCAAGGACUGGCCCACCCUUCUCCGCCAAUGCCACGAUCACCUCAUCCCGGGGGGCCAAGUCGAGAUCGCCGAGGGCCGCGCCGACUUCUUCUGCGACGACGGCACCCUCACCGAGUCGUCCAAGACGUACCAGUGGCUCUCCGAGUUUCGCCGUCUCGCACAGCCCCUGGGCUUCGACAUCGCCCCCGCACUGCCCAAGCUGCUGGAGGACGCCGGCUUCGAGGACGUUCGCAUCGUCCAGAGGCGCGUGCCGCUCGGCACCUGGCCCAAGGACGCCCAUCUCCGGGAAGUCGGCCGUGCUUUCCGUGUGCAAUUCGUCGAGUACGCGCUCGAGGCGUACUCGCUCGCGCUGUUCACGAGGCUGGGCGGAUGGACGAACGAGGAGGCCCAGGUCCUCUUUGCCAUGGUCAGGGAUGAGAUGAAGACGAACAAGGUUCAUCUGUAUACCUAUACGUGA